UACUUUUGCGGCAAGCGACUUUAAUGUAAAAAAGCUUGUGAAUUCCAGCAGUGUAAAUUUUUUGUAAGAAAAAACUUUAAAAUAAUAUAUUAAUUAAUUAAUAAACUAAAGUGAGAAGUUAAAACACUAAAGAAUAAUUGAGAAAAAAAGUAAAUGCCUGUUAUAGUUUUGCACAAAAUUGACGACUGAAAACAGAAAUCUGCCUUCAACAACAAAAGAAAACGAAUAAGUUAACACACAAAAACCAACGUCAUCAAUAAAUUAUCUAUUGAAACAAACAACCUUCACUAGAAAAUAAGGAAAGAAAGCAGCUACUAAAGAAAGCAAAUUGCUCUGAUAGAACCAUUAAAAUCUUAACAGAGACUACUACGGAACGUGUAAAUAUUAAAAGUGAGAGCAAGAAAACCAUGCUAGCAAACUCUCUUGCCCAUGAUAGAGUCUCUCUAGAAAACAAGUUUAGUAGCAGACUAACGAUCACCUAGUAGAUGUGCAAAAAAAAAUACAAAAAUUUCUUUGGAUAAAACCUAUUGGUAUACAAUAUACAAUAACUACAAACCUUUGACGUGAAACCACCGGACAUUUAAUUUUUAAAAUCUAUUCAUUUAGUAAUCACAUAACCACGGAACACGUUAAACAACGCGGCGUUUUUCUAUGCUUUUCUUUUCAUUAACAAAAUAAAUUUAAAGGCAGAGAUACAAACCUAAUGUGUCAUCAGCAACAACUUUGUUAUCAGUAAAUUGUGAAAUAAAGAAAUAAAGUUUAGUAAAUUAUUUAUAUAAAAAAAAGAAUAGAAAAUAUACACUAAACAAACAGUGCCAAAAGAUCACCAUAAACAAUUUUAGAAAAGAAAAAGUUUUCAAAUAAAACAACGUGUACGCCGGGGCUAACAGAUCUUGUCUUAAGCCAUAAAAUAAAUACAUAAAGUCGUUACAAUAAUAAAAAUAAAAUUUUGCAUUGUUGGCAAAUUAAAUUCAGUGUGAUAUUUAAACAAAAUUAUACAAAUUUCUUAAACAAAUUUAAAUGUUUUAAACAAAAUUCUCUCAUAUUAAAUAUAGAUUUUUUGGCUUUAAAAAACGUAACUUUUUUGUAAAUAAAGAAAUAAAUUUUGUUUAAAUGACUACUUCGACUAUAAAGCGACGACGUUCGCCGUCUGCCAAAACACCACCAACUGAGACAACAAGCAACGGUGAUAGCAGCAUGUCAUCCUCCGUUAGUACUGUUAUAUCAAAAACUGAUUCCCAAGAAUCGGAUAAUGUUAAUUGGGAUGCUGUGGGUAGCACUUAUAUAAAUCCAUUUAUACAUCGUAUUAAUAUUGAUAAUGUAGAAUUAGCUAAGAUUUAUGUACUUACAGUUUUAUUAGUGCCCAUACGUGUUGUGGGCUGUGUACUCUCUUUACUUUCCGCAUGGAUGUUUGCCUGUAUUGGUUUGUAUGGCACAACAGUCGAGGAAAUAAAUAAACGACCUAUUACAGGUUGGCGCAAAAAUAUUCAAUAUUUAGUAGCUAGCUGCAUGCGCAUGUUAUAUGCAUCUGGUUCAUUUCACUAUAUAACCUACAAAGGUGAAAGAGCAAGCGCGAAAGAAGCUCCAAUUUUAGUAGUGGCACCACAUUCAUCAUAUGUCGAUUCAAUUAUUGUGGCAGCAACUAAUCCACCAGCUAUUGUGGCUAAACGGGAAACUUCAGAAAUACCAUUGUUGGGAAAAAUCAUCAAUUAUGCCCAACCCAUAUAUGUACAAAGAGAAGAUCCUAAUUCUCGACAAACCACAAUAAGAGAAAUAGUUAACCGUGCCAGAUCCGAUGAAGAUUGGCCACAAGUAGUCAUAUUUGCCGAGGGCACAUGUACAAAUCGUAAAGCUUUGAUUAAAUUUAAGGGUGGUGCUUUCUAUCCGGGAGUACCAGUACAGCCGGUGUUAUUGAAAUAUCCCAAUAAAUUUGACACCUUUACCUGGACCUGGGAUGGACCAGGAGUAUUACGUCUUUUAUGGAUGACUAUGGCUUCGUUUUAUAGCCGCUGUGAAAUCGAAUAUUUACCUGUUUAUGUACCCUCUGAAGAAGAAAAAGCUGAUCCUAAUUUAUAUGCAAGAAAUGUUAGAGAAGUUAUGGCCAAAUCUUUAGGUGUACCCACUUCAGAAUAUUCAUUUGAAGAUGUUAUUAUGAUGAGCAGAGCUCGUGAUAUAAAAAUACCCAUAUCUGGUGAUAUUGUAGAAAUCGAAAGAACUCUACAUAUUUUAGGACUUUUAACCUCAGACUGUGUCAACGAAUUGACAAAUAAAUUUAAAAACAUACCAAAUAGUGAUAAACUAGAUGUCAUCACAUUCUCAGAAUUAUUAAAUGUUAAUUUAAAAAAUUCCAAUUUACAUCAUCUAUUCAGCAUUUUGGAUUAUCGUCAUAUGGGCACUGUUAGUUUGAAGAAUUUCAUUUUAUGUUGCCUGUUUUGCAAGUACAGCAAUGUGGAGACUAUUGAAUUUUUAAAACUUGUUAAGAAUCUUUACACUGAAACGGAUAGUUUUACAUGCCAGCAAUUCGCAAAACUAAUGAGACAUUCUGGUAAAUUGACGCCCAAACAAAUUGAAACACUAUUUGUUAAAAUUGAUCAAACAAACAAGGGCAGUAUUACUUUCGAUGAAUUCGAUAAAUAUUGUCGCGACAAAUCGCAAUAUACUUUCUUGUACAAAAAACAUGAUCACAUAAGAAGGAAAAUAAUUAAAUCAUAAAAACAAUUUUUGAACAUAAACUCCUACAAAACAAUUAAUAUCCCACAAUCCUCAAUAAACCAUUAAAUAUAUAUUUUUAUUUAUUUUGAAAUUUUGUUUUUAAGCCAAAUAAUAAUUAACAAAAUUUAUCUUUAACAUAAAAUUUUUCAGUACAUAAUACAGCAAUCAAGGUAGAUAAUUAAUGAACUUAAUUUUGUAAUAUUUCUUAAAAAAAAAAUACUUACUGCCGGUUUCUUUAAAUGCGAACGAAUAAAUAUUUUCUAGUUUUAUAUUGAAAAGAACAAAUAAAUUUAAAAAUUGUUUUUGUUCGCAUUUGCAGAAACAGACAGUUAUUGUUAUAAGUUUAGAACAGGCAUGGACAAUUGAUAUUUAGAAAUAGUACUUAUAACAAAAAUAGUACUUUUUUGGUUUGAUGCUACUAAACUAAUUUUCGCUAGAUUUGACAAUAACAGAAGAAAUGAAAAGAAUGAAAUAGACUGUAUACUAGACUAUAGACUACACUUGACAAUAGAUUAGACUAUAUAUUAGACUAAAUACUAGACAAUAUACUAGACUGUAUGCUAUACUAUAGACAAGACUAUAGACUAGACAAUAGACUUAAUUAGACAAGGCUAUAGACUUGAUAAGACUAUAGGGUAGUUAUGGACUAGACAAGACUAAAGACUAGACUAUGGAAUAGAGCAUAAACUAUACUAUAGACUAGACUAUAGACUAGAAUAUAGACUAGACUAUAGACUAGACUAAAGACUAGACUAUAUACUAGACUGUAAAGACAUUACUAUAGACAGAACUUUAGACUAGACAAUAGACUUAACUAGACAAGGCUAUAGGCUUGAUUAAACAAUAGACUAGUUAUGGACUAGACAAUAUUAAAUACUAGAUAAUGGAUUAAACCAUAAACUGUACUAUAUACUAGACUAUAGCCUAGACUUUAUAUUGAAUAUACACUAGAAUACAGACUAGACUAUAAAUUACAGUUCAUACUAAUCUAUAGACUAGACUAUAAAGUAGACUAUAUAUUAGACUACAGCCUAGACUUCAGACUAGUUUAUAGACUAUACUAUAAACUAGACUAAAGACUAGACUGGUCUGUUAAUAUCGCGAUAUUUUUCGAUAUCAAAAAGUACUAAACUACUGACCUUUUCAUGCCUGGCUUGGAAUAUUUUUCUGAUUUUUUUCUUAACAAUGCAUUAUAAAAACAUUCAAAAUUAUUAUUAAUAAGUUUGUGAUUAAGAUCUUUAUUUUAUAAAAUUAAACUUAAAUAACAACCACCAGAAAUAAUGAAAAAAACAACAUUUGGUUUCGCACUUAAAAAGUGUUUUACCUCCGGCGCCUAGUAAUUUAUAAAAAAAAAACAUGUGAUUUCACUUUGUAAAUGUUACAUAUGCAUUAAAAUUUAAGUCAAUUUAUAAUCUCUUAUUACAAACUAAGUUGUUUUGUUUCAAAUUAAAAAAAUGCAUUCUAA